AUGGCGGCGACGCCGUUGCGCCCCACGCUGGAGGGCUGCCCCGGCGCGGCGCCACAGCUGGCGCUGCCAAAAGCAGAGGCGCGUCCAUGCACCGCGCCGGCAUCCCUCGGCAAGGACGGCUCCAGCCACGAGGCGGCCACAACCAGCGCUCACAUUGAAGCUCCCCUCAGCGGGGGUGAGCCGCCGCCGACGGCGGCCCCAUCGGCCAUUGCGAUCAGCGAAACACAAAUCAUGGUGCCAGAAAGACAGGUGGAGGGAGAGUCGCAGCCGAUGGGGAACCCAUCGAGGCCGGUGGAGGGCAAGUCGCUGCUGACGGAGGUCUCAUUGCAGCCGGCGUAA